GUGGGAAAUGAGACUUUCUCGCCGGGAGCAUGAGCAUGCGCUCGGUCACGUUGUCGAUUCGUGCGAGUCUUGUACAGUUAUCGAUCUUUGGUGGGCUGAUGUGUACUGGGUUUGUUGAUUAAAGCGUUCCAUUGAACGUGCGCACAAGAGAAGCGAUAGUGUAUAAUAUGGCAUGUACAGAGGGAAACUGGUGAAGCCGGUGGUAGUGAAGCUACAGCGCCGCCGGCAGCGAGCUUAUCAAGAGACAGCAAGCCAGUAUCAGCUCGCAUAGCGUAGUCGAUAUGGCAAUUGGAGAGGAUGUCUACUGCACGCUUGUGCUUUCGGACAGUUACCUGCCCGGCGCAGCGGUACUCGCCCACUCUCUCCGUGAUACUGGAACGACGAGGAAGCUGGCAUGCCUGAUAACCCAAGACAGCUUGCGAGCGAGUACCAUCACUGAGUUGCAAUCGCUGUACAAUUAUGUCAUCCCCAUCGAGCGCAUCGGCAACCCGAGUCCGGCGAAUCUCUACCUUAUGGGUCGGCCGGAUCUGCUGUACACAUUCACCAAAAUCCAUUUAUGGCGCAUGACGCAGUUCCGCAAGAUUGUCUACAUCGACUCGGAUGUGGUGGCGCUGCGAGCGCCAGACGAGCUGUUUGAUGUGACGGAAGGCUUCGCAGCGGCACCGGAUGUGGGUUGGCCGGACAUCUUCAACACGGGUGUCAUGGUGAUCGCGCCCAACAUGGGUGAGUACCAUGCGCUGCGAUCUAUGGCGUCCGCGGGAGACAGCUUCGACGGCGCCGAUCAAGGCUUGCUCAACCAGUACUACGAGCACCGUCCUUGGCGGAGAUUGAACUUCACGUACAAUUGCACCCCGAGCGCCAACUACCAGUAUGAGCCGGCGUACCGGUACUUCAAGCGGGACAUCAGCCUGGUGCACUUCAUCGGCGGAGACAAGCCGUGGCAGCAAGAGCGCUGGACGAAAGGCGUGUCAGGUGCGUUCCAGGAGCUGCUCGGUCGAUGGUGGGCAGUUUAUGAUCGACACUUCAGCGUCUCGACCUACGAGUACACAGCGACGGGCCGAAGACAGGCCGUCCAACAUCGAGCCGUACAGGAACAGGUCCGGCAAGAGACACAACCAGCGUACUAUGCUACCGGAUAUCCCGUCGAAUCCACGCAACCGGCACCGGCACCUAGUUACGAAGCGCCUCCCAUGGUAACCGAGGUACCUAUGACCGAGCCAGCACAACCUGUCGCAGAAGCAUUGGACCAGGGCCAUAUUGAGCCUACGCCCACCGUGCAUCAGCGCAAGUUCUCCGCUCCGCAGAUGGAAUGGGACGCCACCCGCGCCGCUCCGCCAGUCGAUGCGAAGCCCGAAGCAGCCAACUUCCCAACCCAACUCUACGAGUUCAGCCAGGACACCCAACCAUUCAAACCGCCCGUCUCUUAUCCGGAGCCGCCGCGUGAUAUGUGGUACGAAGUCCCGAAGAGCAAGCCGAAACCGCUACCCGCCAUCUUCCCGUGGGAGGAGCGUGUGCGAGAAGAGAAGGUGCGACCGACCAGAGUCUUCCUGGACGAAGUGCCCGAAAAGACACCGGAACUGGAGAAAGAGGAGGAAGAUGACUUCAGAGGCGGCGACGAACUCGAGGUGCGAGCAGAUGAAGACGGGAGAGCUUUCGAGCCGAAAACGCCGACAAUCCAGAUCAACGACGACACGCCAUGGGGCGCCUUCGGCACAGUCAAUAAGAAUGCUUGGGACGAAGUGGCGGGCAUCGAGGAGUACGUACGAGCUCUCACGGCGUUCCAGAAGAACCGGGGCAACUUGCAGGUACUGCAGCAUCAGCAGCCUGGCGCUCAGCAGCAACAGCCAACGACGAGCAAGGCAGACCAACAGCAUGUCCUCUCACCCGACAACGAACCGGAACCGGCUGAGAUUCUGGAAAAGGUGCGCGAGCGGAGAGAGAGUUUGAUCUUGACCGACUUUCCCUCUGCCGUGGAGAGACCGAGCUUACCCGUCACUCCUGCCCCCCGAAGGCGAGCGAGUUAUUGGGAUAAAGAUGAGGCGGAAGAGGCUGAGCUGGGCUUGCCGGCGGCGGAGGGCGUGCCGGAUCAGGCGGACUGGGUAUGUCCUCAGUGCGGCUUCUUUCUGCCUCCUUCACGUUUGCCCACUGCUAUGUGACUUGUUGCUGCUAACCACCUAUACAAUCUGGUCCGAUUUGUUGACAUUACGUCGAUACCUGUGGUAUGGGAAAGCAUAUGAGCUCAGAUAGCUGGCGAUCCU